AUUUUUAUAACUAAAUUACAAAUUUACAACAUGCUUCUUGGAGAACUCACCGAUUGCACUAUUACCAGUGCUCCCACAUUUCGAGUAACAGCUCGAAACGUUAUGUUAGAGGCCAAAGCCAUUGACUCUGGCAUGAGAGUCAAGCUUUAUGUGUCGAAUCCUGCGAUGAUUUACUAUUUCAUCCGGUACUGUGAUGUAGGAAGCCGCCACCACCUGACAGGCCCAUUGAACGUGACAGCGUACACGUUUGAUGAUAGCACAAGGGCUUUUUCAAGUAUUCGUUUGAGUGUCGAUAGUGCCCGACCUCUUCCCACCUUGGAUGAUGAUGGAAACAUCAUCGGCACAACAGCCACAAAAAUUCGAGUCCGUGAUUUGGAGAAAAAUCACAAGUUCCUGAAGCUCAAGUACAUUUUGUACAAGUACGUUUUUGAGAACAUUUACAACGAGGACAUGGUGAUGGGCAAGGGGUUGAAUGUUGAAGCAUUCGCCACUCAGUUAAAUACCUCUUAUGAGAAGCUUGUAUCUGAAGGGUUGAUAAUGUCCAAUUACAACCCGGUUACUGUUGUGGAGUCGGUGACACGUCCAACAACUGACCCCAACACUAACCGCCCUGUUCCUCGUGUGAUCAAGAGUACGUAUUCGUACAAUGAGAGUGUUCGUCGUUUGGAGGAUUGGGCCAACCCAAACCUCUCUCUCAGAAAUCUGCUAAAUGAUCACAUGCCGUUCUCUGUUGAGAUCUUUGUCGUCCCCGCCAGCUCCCGAACUAUCGAUGAUGAAGAAGAAAUGGAGAACUAGUUUUUUUUGUCUCCUUGGUAGUUUUGCUUCUUUUCUUCUUGCUUGUCCCUUUCGUGAUUGCGUUUUCUUUUCUUUUGCGUUUGCUUUUUUUUUAAAAAACGUUAUUUAAUACCUUCUCCCGCUUCCCCCUCUCCCGCUAUUCCAAUAAUAAAUAUCAUUUUUUUAUAAUGUC